GACGGCGGCGCAGCCCGGCGGCGCAGGCGCGGCAGGAGGAGGAGGAGGAGAAGGAGCCGGGACAGAGGUGCCAGGCCCGGGCCCGCCGCCUGGCGCAGCUCCUUGCCGGGCCUGAGGGCAAGGCUGCCAUGGGCAAGCGGGUGGCGCUGGUGCUCGCCGGCUGUGGCGUCUUCGAUGGCAGCGAGAUUCACGAGGCGUCGGCGGCGCUGGUGCACCUGAGCCGCGGCGGCGCGGAGGUGAAGAUAUUUGCCCCCAAUAUUGAGCAAAGGGAUGUAAUCAAUCACCUAAAAGGAAGUCCAGCAGAAGAGAAGAGAAAUGUGUUAGUUGAAAGUGCCAGGUUGGCAAGGGGAAACAUUCAGGAUUUGGCUGAACUGAAAGCUAGUGAAUUUGACGCUGUCAUUUUCCCUGGUGGUUUUGGUGUAGCAAAGAAUCUGUGUUCCUGGGCUGUAGAUGGCAAGGACUGUACUGUCAACGAGCACGUGAACUCCACACUCCAGGCCUUCCACAGUGCUAAAAAGCCCAUUGGUUUGUGCUGCAUAUCACCAGUUCUGGCAGCCAAAGUCUUUCCUGGUUGCGAGGUUACAGUUGGGCAGGAUAAAAACGUAGAUGGAAGAUUUCCUGAUGCUGAAACGGCAUCUGCUAUAGCAGAGCUUGGAUGUAAGCACAUUUGCAAAAAUGUAAAUGAAUCCCAUGUGGAUAAAGCCAAUAAAAUAGUUACUACCUGUGCUUUCAUGUGCAAGGCUCCUCUGCAUGAAAUCUUUGAUGGAAUUGGAACAAUGGUACAAGAAGUCCUGAAGCUUGCCUGACUAGACGCAUACAGACUUCUCCAAGGAAAUCAGUGUAGCUAAGCAUAAACAUGUAGCUUCCUUAGAUUGAAUUAAUAAAAUAAUGCAGCUGCUAAACUUCA